UUUCAUCCUCUCUCCCGAACCAAACCAAUCAUUGCUCAUCAUUCGCCAUUUUCAAGGAUUCCACUCGAAAAUUAUCUGGUGGAAUACUGGAGUUAUUGGUAUUACAGAAACACUCUGCUGGACCAUGAUUCAUCUCCCUAGGCCCUUUUUUGCCCCCUCCCCGGCCAAGGGCGCCGCUAUUUCCCUUCUUCUCCCGCUGAGCCGAGCCUUUACCGACCAUGGUCCAUGAUCUCUGACGCAUUCGCCAUGAAUAAAUAAGUCCUUGGGUCUCGCUCGGCCAUUUGCCUCGGAUCUCUUUUUUUUUUCUCUCUACUUUCUUCUCUUCUGCAUUCAUUUCCUCCUCAUUGACUUGGGAGUGUGUUGUCUUGUCAUUCCUUGUAUAGCUUCGGGAUCCCCAUAUACCCUUCCCACCCUGUCAUAUACAUUAUAUCAUAGAUUGUUAUAAUCAUGUCUCUCUACGAAAACGAGGACCGGCAAUACCAGGCCGAGGUGCAGGCCGUCCAGAACUGGUGGAAGGACUCGCGAUGGAGGUACACCAAGCGUCCUUAUACCGCCGAGCAGAUCGUCGCCAAGCGUGGCAACCUCAAGAUCGAGUACCCCUCCAACGCCCAGAGCAAGAAGCUGUGGGGUAUCGUUGAGAACAACUUCCAGAAAAAAUUGGCCAGCGCCACCUAUGGCUGCCUCGAACCCACCAUGAUCACCCAGAUGGCCAAGUUCCUCGACACCGUCUACGUGUCCGGCUGGCAGAGCUCCUCCACCGCCUCGUCCACCGACGAGCCCUCUCCCGAUCUGGCCGAUUACCCCAUGAAUACCGUCCCCAACAAGGUCAACCAGCUGUUCUUGGCCCAGCUGUUCCACGACCGGAAACAGCGCGAGGAGCGCGUCACCACCCCCAAGAGCCAGCGCGCCAACGUCGCCAACGUCGACUACCUCCGCCCCAUCGUCGCCGAUGCCGAUACCGGUCACGGUGGUCUGACCGCCGUCAUGAAGCUCACCAAGCUGUUCAUCGAGCGCGGUGCCGCCGGUAUCCACAUUGAGGACCAGGCCCCCGGUACCAAGAAGUGUGGCCACAUGGCCGGCAAGGUGCUGGUGCCCAUCAGCGAGCACAUCAACCGUCUGGUCGCCAUCCGUGCGCAGGCCGAUAUCAUGGGCACCGACCUCCUCGCCAUCGCCCGUACCGACUCCGAAGCCGCCACCCUCAUCACCUCCACCAUCGACCACCGCGACCACGCCUUCAUCGUCGGCGCGACCAACCCCAACCUGAAGCCCCUCAACGACCUGAUGGUGGCCGCCGAGCGCGCCGGCAAGAACGGCGCCGACCUGCAGGCCAUCGAGGACCAGUGGACCGCCCAGGCCGGCCUGAAGCUCUUCAGCGAGGCCGUCGUCGACGCCAUCAACCAGGGCUCGCACGCCAACAAGCCCGCCGUCAUCGCCGAGUUCCUCAAGCAGGCCAAGGGCAAGUCUAACCCCGAGGUCCGCGCCAUCGCCAAGGGCAUCACCGGCUCCGACAUCUUCUGGGACUGGGACGCCGCCCGCACCCGCGAGGGCUACUACCGCUACCAGGGCGGCACCCAGUGCGCCGUCAACCGCGCCGUCGCCUUUGCCCCCUUCGCCGACCUCAUCUGGAUGGAGAGCAAGCUCCCCGAUUACAAGCAGGCCAAGGAGUUCGCCGACGGUGUGCACGCCGUCUGGCCCGAGCAGAAGCUCGCCUACAACCUCUCCCCCUCCUUCAACUGGAAGAAGGCCAUGCCCCGCGACGAGCAAGAGACCUACAUCCAGCGUCUGGGCGCCCUGGGUUACUGCUGGCAGUUCAUCACCCUGGCGGGCCUGCACACCACCGCGCUCAUCUCGCACAAGUUCGCCAGCGCCUUCUCGCACCAGGGCAUGCGCGCCUACGGCGAGCUGGUCCAGGAGCCCGAGAUGGAGCUCGGCGUGGACGUCGUCACGCACCAGAAGUGGAGCGGUGCCAACUACGUUGAUAACAUGCUGAAGAUGGUUAGCGGUGGUGUGAGCAGCACUGCGGCUAUGGGUAAGGGUGUUACUGAGGAUCAGUUCAAGAAAUAAGCGGGUGCUUUGAUGUAUUGUAAAAAUUUUCUUUUUCUUUUGUUUGUGAUAUCUUGGAUAUAAUGGAUUAGUAGCAUUUUCUC